AUGUAUGAGACUAAAUCGAACACUUCUAGAUUUCUCUUAGUGACGUCGAUCUAUUUAAGCUUAUUGCUCGAUAAUAUUCUCCUUACAGUUGUUGUACCAAUCAUACCAGACUAUCUGUACACAUUGGAAGGAAAUUUAACAUUGAAUGGUGCGGAAAAGGACGAGAAUGGCCGAGUUGGAUUAUUGCUUAGUUCCAAAGCUUUCGUGCAGUUAAUUUUAAACCCAGCCGUGGGUAGUCUAACGGGCAUUUUUGGAUACGCUAAGCCACUAUUACUCGGCAAUCUGAGUCUUUUAUUGGCCGCAUUACUUUUCGCUUUGGGGAAAACGUACGAGAUACUGUUUUUAGCUCGCAGUAUUCAAGGAGUUUCUUCAGCAUGUAUUGCUGUCUCUGGAAUGUCUCUAGUGGCUUUUCAGUACCCAGAAGAGGACAAGCGAUCGAAGGUCAUGGGUUUCGUACUCGGUAGCAUAGCCAUGGGAGUACUUGCUGGUUACCCAAUGGGUUCUGUUCUUUACGAUCUUGAAGGCAAAAUGGCGCCGUUCCUUUUGAUUGCCUGUUUCAUCGUUUUUCUCAUAGGAUUCCAAUUAUUUGUUCUAGACUUGAAUCAUGUGGCACAGAGAGGAGAAGGCGAACCAAGCUGGAGGUAUUUGCUACUAGACACUCGAAUUUUAAUAAUUGCCGGAGCCAUUUGGUUUUCAACAACACCGAUGGCAAUUCUAGAGCCCUGUUUGCCCAUUUGGCUUAGAAGUCAUUUAAAACCGAAGAAAUGGCAGUUAGGCACCGUUUUCAUUCCGGACAGUGUUGGUUACCUCAUCGGGACGAACUUCUUCGGCGUCAUAGCCUAUUGCUAUGGGCGCUGCAAGACCGCGGUACUGGCGAUGCUUCUCGUUGGUUUGAGCGCCAUAGCGAUUCCCGUCGCGGCCAGUAUGUCCCAACUCAUAAUUCCGCACCUGGGGCUCGGAUUGGGCAUCGGUGUGGCUGACGCCGCCCUCGUGCCGCUGCUCGCCUCAUUCGUUGAAUCGAGUCGGGGCUACGGGCCCGUUUACUCCAUUCAGCAAAUCGCUGUUAGCCUUGCCUACUCUUUAGGUCCUAUAGUCAGUGGUGAAUUGGUAAAUAGUGUGGGCUUUCCAUGGGUAAUGCGAGUGGCUGGUUUGGCGAACAUCGCUUAUUGUUCUCUCUUGAUGUAUCUUGCUCUUGAGCGAAGGAAGAAUUCUUUAGUUGCUGCCCAGUACGAAAAGAAAGAAUAUAAUUCAUUCAAAAUACUUAAUCAGCAGCCGAAAUAUGAGAGGUUUUACGACUCAGAUGAUGGACUUUGAAAUAGCUACGUUUUUGUAAUUUUCAGUUAAUUAUAAAUACCUACACACCUACAUGCAUUCGUACAUACAUGCGCUCCAACACAUAU